AUGUCUCAGGUGAAAGCUGAAGUCCAUGAAGAAGACCCCAAUGAGAAGAGGCGCAAGCGGAACCGCUUGUCCUUCCAGGACUUCUUCUGGGUUGCAAUGGCGAUACUGUCAGGAAUCUUUGACAUGUUUGCAUUCUAUCUGUGUCUUCGGCGCAGGUUCAGGGGUGUGUACUUGUUUGGUGGGCAUACGCAAUUCCUAAGCACGUGGAAUUUUCUUCUCCGCAUCAGCAGCCUCGUCCUGUUCGUGAUCUCCACCCUAGCGUUUGAGCCGCAUCCUGACCGGUUUAUCUUGAGACGCCAUGAGCGGCGGGACUUCUUCUACAGGAACACAGCAGUGCUUCUAGGGCUCAGCGUCACGUUCAGUCCUGUUGUGGCGGUGUGUCAUGGGGUGUUGAUGCGAGCAGGAGAAGAUGUCAUCGAGCAGGAGAGCAUCGCUGCAGACUGGUGGAUCAGCCUCGCCAUGCCCCUCCUCGGUUGGGUCUUCCUAGUCUUCUGCAGGCCCAGGCACUGGAUGUACGGGCCUGCAAGGUACGUGGCGAGGAGCGGGAAGCGGCUCGGGCUGACGGUCGGGGCAUCGCGAGUUCACAAGCUAGUCGUGCUCUUUUGCCUAUGGACUCUCAUUUGUCGCCUGCUGGGGGGGCGCUGGGGUUAUCGGUUCUUGAGCGAGUAUGAGCGAGAGCUCUCGGCUGCUGGGCUUGUGCUGAACUUGUCCGGUCUCUUCUGCUUCCUCCAUGCGGUCGCAUGGGCGUCAUGGUGGUUUGCUUACUGCAUCUCUCCCCCAAUCGACUCCACCUGA